AUGCAAUUUGUGAAGGUGUUUGACAACCAACAAAAAAAUAUUACUAGAUUGGUUUUGGAUUCAAAUAAUAAAAUUAGUCACGAUUAUUUUAAACGAACAUUUCCCGAUGCUGUUGGUUUAGCUGAGAGGGAUGAAUAUGGUUCUAUUAGUAUACCGUCUGAUGAAAAUAAAAAUUUUACUUGGAAUUGGAACGAAAAUGUUGUUUACGAUCUGAUUUAUUCUGAUUCACGUAGUAAUCGGCCUUUCCCAUCGACAUCAUCGUCAUCAUCAUCAACAAUAACAUUAAAGGAUAAAAUUUGGGCAUGGAUCGGACUAGCCAGAGGAAUUAUUAUCUUAUGGAUUGGUGGAGCAAGUUCAUCUUUAUAUGCAAAUUUGUAUGAAGAUGUAGUCAAAUUGGUUAUGCCUGGUUCAUCUGAUAAUCAACCAAGCCCACGGCUUUUAUUCGAUCGCGCUCUUAUGUUAUUGCUUAUAUCCAUUACUUAUAUUUUAUCUAUUACAUUUUGCACAUCUAUAUUCAUCAAAAAGAUGUGGAUAAAAAUAGUUACCUGGUUCAAAACAAUCGAAAUUGAAGAAUUAACUAGAUAUCCUUUAACACCAAUACAAUUUAAUCCUCAUGUUACAACAACAUCCUAA